AUGGAUUCUGCAUCUCUUUUACCAACAUUUUUAGAUGUGGAUCUGACAGUAUCACAUAUAGAAUGUCUUCCCAAAGAUAUUUUGGUGAGAUUUCAAGGCAGAAACAACAGUGAAUGUCAGUUUGACUACCACAUAUUGCAGAAAGAAAUUCAGCAUAUUCCAAAAGUGAAAAACAAUGUGGACAUUGAUGAGUUUUGUUUGGUGGAAGAAAGAAUAACUGGAGAAUGGCACAGAGGAAGAGUCAUGGAAAAGAAAAAUGACCUUUAUAUGGUGCUCCUCAUAGAUCGUGGAGAAGAAAUAAGAGUUGAUAGUACUCAUGUUGCCUCAGCCUGUGAUAAUUUAUUUGAGCUACCACCACGGGUUAUAUUUGGUAUUUUUGCCAACAUCCUUCCACUUGGGGAAAAAUGGUCUCCUAAGGCUUUGAAUUAUUUCAAGUCAUUAGUAGGAAUACAACUGAAAGGUUAUGUACAAGCUAUUUUGCCUCUGCACAUGAUUCUUUUUGAGGUGCCAAAAGUUAUAUCUGGGGCUCUUGAAUUACAAUUAGGAAGAUUUAUUGAUGGAGAUUCAUUUCGUCUCAUUGUAGAAAUGUUAAAAGAAUAUCCUAAACAAAUGCCAGAUUUAUUACAACAUAAUAUACCUGAAUUUUCAUUAAGUAAUAAGGAUACUUUACUUGAUAUUCAACAUGUUCUGGAUAAUUUGCAGCCAUCUUUGAUGGUAGGAAGUUUUGAGAGUAUAAAGGUAUCUUCUGCGCUGAGCCCAAGUAAAUUUUAUUGUCAGUUAAUUAAAUGGAUUCCAGAGCUAGAAAACUUGACAGUAUGUAUGAACUUGCAUUAUGAUAUUAUCAGUCAAGAAGCUAGUCCUGCAUGUGACAACUUUGGAUUGCUUUGUGUUGCUAAAAGGAGAAAUGGACAGUGGCACAGAGGAAUUCUUCAGCAGCUCUUGCCCAACAAUCAAGUAAAAAUUUGGUUUAUGGAUUAUGGCAGUACUGAGAAUAUUCCCUCAAUUCAUGUAAAGAAACUAAAGCAGGAUUUUAUUUUAGUACCAUUGUUUUCAUUUCCAUGUUCUUUGACAUAUUUACACAGUCCAGACAGAGAUGCAAGAAAAUUUCAACUGAGUGUAUUUAAGCAAGCAUUAUUAGGACAGAUAGUAUAUGCACACAUUGACUGGUUCAAUAAGGAUGAUCAUUUGUAUUAUGUGACAUUGCAAACUCAAGAAUCUGCAACUAAUUCUAAGUGUCUGCUGAAGACACUCUGUCCGGUGUCUUAUUCAGAAAUCUUCAACACCUUGAGUGAGAAAAAUACUUCUGAUGUAAACAGUUCCACAGUUGAUGGUUUUAUUACAAAUGAUGAACACUCAAUAGAUGGUCUAGUUAAAAAAAGCACUUUAAAAGUAGAUUUUCCUAUUAAAACAGUAGAAAUGGAGAUAGAGGCUGCCUACAUAGCUUUUGUAGCAUACGUAUUAAACCCAUCAAAUUUCUGGGUACAUCUCAGUGAACACCAGAAUGAAUUUCACGAUAUAAUGGAAAAUAUAAACAAAUUUUAUGAUUCAUGUGAAAAUGAAGAACUGAUUCUAAGAAAUCCUGAACCUGGAUUAUUUUGUUGUGCCAGAUAUAGCAAGGACAGAUGUUUUUACAGAGCUGUGGUGACUAAAGUUGAUGGCCAUAAGAUUAAUGUCUAUUUUUUAGAUUAUGGCAAUACUGAUUCCAUACCAUUUUUUGAUGUAAAAGUUUUGCUUCCAGAGUUCUGCGAGUUGCCUGCCUUAGCUGUGUGUUGUUCACUUGCGUAUAUAUUUCCUGUUGAAGAUUUAUGGAUAAAGGCUGCAGUUGAUUAUUUUAAAAAGAUUGUUUUGAAUAAAGCAAUUUUGCUUCAAGUUACAGCAAAAAAAGAUGAUAAGUACAUGGUAAAUAUUCAGAGUAUUGAAGCCUCAGAAAAUAUUGAUGUUGUCUCUCUUAUGUUACAAGCAGGGUAUGCAGACUAUUGGGAAGUAGAACCAGAAUGUUUUCCAAAAUCUGUAAGUGAAUAUUCAGUGUUAAAUUUAAAAUCAAAAAACAAAGUUAAUAUUAAAAAAGUUGUAUCUUCCCUUCUUGAAAGGCCUAAACUUAAAAACUACCAUUUGAAUAAGCUGGAAGAGAAUUGCCCAUCUUUGUACAAGUUCCCAGAUUUAAAAAGUUUUUUCACCAUGUCUGUUGGACCUGAAUCAUCAAGGCCAUUUAAAGAAUAUAUGUUUAAACCAGGAACAAUUCUUGAAGUCAAAUGCUCUUAUUUUUAUGGCCCAGGUGACUUUUCAUGUCAACUCCAAUGUAAGUUAGAAGACUUAAAAUUACUGAUGGAACAAAUUCAGAAUUAUUAUAGCAUUCAUUCUGAUCCUUAUCAGACUGGACAAAUUGCUUGUGUUGCUAAGUAUUCCAAAGAUGGAAAGUGGUAUAGAGGUGCUGUUUUGACUCAAGUAUCAAACAAAGAAGUCGAUAUAAUAUUUGUUGACUAUGGUUACCAAGAAAGAGUUUUAAUUAAAGAUCUUUGUGCUAUUAAUCCACAUUUUCUGUUUUUAGAAGGCCAAGCCUUCAGAUGUUGCCUGACCCAUUUAGUUGAACCCAUUAGUUGCAAAUUACUUGAUUGCACUAGAGAAGCAGCCAGAGACUUUGAAAAUUUCGUUUCUUCCUCUAGAGGGUUGUUGACUUGUAUCAUAUAUGCUUUAGUUCUUAUACAUCCUAAUUGUUUAUGUAAUUUAGUCGAUUUACAAUCAUCAUUUACUGGUACAAAAGAAUUUCAUAUUAAUUGUGGCUCCACACAGUAUAGUGUGUUAUCAAAACCACUCCCAUUUUCAGUGAGUCUUUAUAGUUAUUAUUAUUCUUCCUUUAAUAUAAACAUUGGGAAUGAAGAAGAAGUAUAUAUCUCUCACAUAUAUAGUCCUCAGAAUUUUUAUUGCCAGCUUAGUAGAAAUAAUAAAGAUCUAGAGUUGCUGGAGAAAAAAAUUACAGAGAUGAUUAGUCUCAAAAAUUAUUCAAAAUAUGAUUCUAAUGAAUUGAGGCUCUGUAUCUCUAAAUAUGUAGGGGAUGGUCUUUCAUACAGAGCUUUAGCCCACCCUACAGACUCAUCCUCUGACUUUCUGGUUUAUUUUGUGGACUUUGGAAAUAAGCAAUUAGUACAAGAAAAUAUGUUGAGGGCAAUUUCUGAUCAGUUUCCAGAGUUACUGUUUACACCUAUGCAAGCUAUUCAGUGUUUUUUGUCAGAUCUUAGAGAUAUUUAUAUUCCAGCAGAAAUCAAUAGUUGGUUUGAGGACAAUUUCUUGGGGAAACCAUUAAAAGCAGUAAUAAUAUCCAGAGAAUCAGAUGGCCAACUUGGUGUAGAAUUAUAUGAUGAAUAUCAACAUAUAAAUCAGACAAUUAAAAUGUUGCUUAAUGCUUAUGGAAAAGAGCAUUCUGACCAAGCACAGUGUGUGAAAGGCAGUCAUAAAUUAAGUGAGAAUAAGAGACUUGCUGCUUCCUUUAAAGACAAAAUAGAAAAGAGCUAUCACCAUAAUGCGAUAAAUAAAACUAGUCCAGUAACAUAUUCUGAAAAGAAAGUAGAUCAAUCAGUGCAUCCCAAAACUAUAUUUGCCAGGUUUCUGAAACCAUCAAUUUGUUAUAAAAUUGAGCCUCUGUCAAAAAACAAAGUGAAGAAGUCAUUCAAUGACAGAAUUAAAUAUAAAGGUGUAAAAUUUGUCUCUGGAUCUGCACAUAUUCUUGACGAAUGUAAUGUGGGCCAAAAGUCAGGAAGGAUUGUAUCACAGUCAUUUACCAGAAAUUUAAAUCAGCCCUCACAAGAGCCAUGCAGUUUUAUUAGACCACAAAUUAAAGACCUUCCCCAACUCCAAAUUUACUUGAAUACCCAAGUUAAAGGGUAUGUGUCUAACAUCAGCAGUCCAGCAAGUUUCCAUAUUCAGCUUGCUGAGAAUGAAAACAUAAUCAUUAGACUUGCAGAUGCUCUGAAUGACAAAAUUGCAAGUAGAGUGAAGGGGCCAGGUUCGCUUAACCCUCUGGUGGGAGACCUUGUUGUUGCAGAGUACUCCAGCGACAGUGCAAUUUACAGAGCAGUUAUUAAAAAAAUUUUGCCAGAUAAUUCUUUCGAAGUGGAAUUUUUUGACUAUGGAAAUACGGCAAUAGUCAACAUGUCUAAAAUUUAUGAACUUAAGAGAGAAUUCUUAAGUAUCCCUCAGCUAGGAAUCCAUUCUUUUCUUAGUGGAGUGAAGUGGAAUAAACCUGAUGAAAUAUGGGACAGUAAAACUGUGGAUUAUUUUGCCUCAAGAGUAAGUAAUAAAAUAGUUUUUUGUGAAUUUUUGAAAAAGCAUGACCACAAAUGGGAGGUAAAUAUACUUUCUGAUGGAAAAUGUGUCACCAAUGAACUACUGAAAUGGACAGCUUGUUCAAAACUACAGAACACGGUAUUGCAAAUUCCUCAGGUUGUCUCCCCAAAAGGACAAUCCAAUGAAUAUGGAAGUUCUGUGAUCCUUCAACCAUCUUCCCAAGCACUGGUUAAAAUUCCUCUUGAAAUGUUAAAGCCUGGUCAACUUGAAAAAGCUGAAAUACUUUGUGUUUCAAAGAAUGGAAGAUUUUAUGUGAAAUUAUUCAAAAAUAAUAAAAUCUUAUCAGAUUUAGCAGUAUUAAUUACUAAAGAAGAAAAAAGUUCUUCUUUCUUAUCAAUGGAAAAUAUUGAGAAAGGCUCAGAAUGCUUGGCAAAAUCUAAUCAAACUCUCCAGUGGUACCGAUCAAAAGUAGAAAAAAAGUGUUUCGAUGAGAAAGUGCUUGUUUUUUUAGUAGAUCAUGGUAGGUAUGAAAUAGUGCCUGUCAGAAAUACCAAGGUACUUCGUAAUGAAAUCAGAAAUAUUCCAAGGCAAGCUGUGCCUUGUAAAUGGAUUUGGUUUGAAAAUUCUAGGAAAAUGUCAUUUCAGUUCAUCGUGUACUUAUUUGCUCACUUGGAAAUAGACAUCCUUUUCCUGAAAUAUUUAGACUGUGCUUGGGAAGUAGAAAUUUUGGUAGAUGGCAUGUUACUUUUGGAAUAUUUAAAUUUGAAUUCAUUCCAGGCUGAAGAGAAUGAACUUCAGCCUUCAGGAAUUAUUUUCAAGAGGCAAUCUCAGACACGAAUGUCAUCAUUUACGACAAGAUUCUUUCCUAGGGCACCACUUCAAAAUGGUAGGCAUUAUUCUGGUAUCGCCACUGCUGUUUCUGAUCCAUCAGACUUCUGUGUUCAGUUGGAAGAUUUCUUUGAUACAAUGAAACACAUCUUCAUGUUGCUUUCAGAUCUAUCAGAAACCUUACAAACAUUGCCUGAAGAGCUCAUAAUUCCUGGUUCUAGCUGUCUGUUCAAAUAUGAAUUGGAAGAUCAGUGGAAUAGAGUAGAAAUUUCUGAAGUCUCUGAGAUGUAUUUACUUCUUGUGCUGAUUGACUAUGGAUUUUCUGUUUAUAUACCUUAUUCAGAUAAAAUAAAUCUUAAAGUUGUUCCGGAGGAACUUUUGAAUUUGCCCAGGUUAAGUUAUCCAUGUGUCUUACAUGGCAUUUUACCUGCUACAGGGAAACAUUGGAAUGAAGAAGUUAAAAGUUUUUUUCAAGAUUUUCUAAGCCAACAAGGCCUAGUUUUUCAGUUUAGGGAGGGUGGCUCUGAAACAAAACUGACAGUAGAUGUCAUUCAUGAGCAAAAGAGUUUGUCAGAUGUGUUAGUUGCAUCUAGUCUUGCACUCUAUUCUGAGGAUUCAGCUCAAGUUAAUGCAGUUACUAUUACUGGACCCACUAAAACCCAACGCAAAUUUCGGAGUAAGCCAGUUUGCCCAUUGUUAGAUAAAAAUUGCUACAAAAAAGAAGAUGCACAUUGUAGCACUAAGAAGCAAAUGCUACAAAAGGUACAUAUAAGGAGGAAAAAUGUCUACAGGAACCUCAUCAGGAAAAGCCACAUCAAUAAAAAGCUGCAUUCUAGAAAUGUAAUGCCAGGAAGUGAAGUUGGUAGUGGAAAACAUAAUCUCCAAAUUGCCAUAGUGUUUGAUACAUGUGCAUUAGCUUCAUUUGGGAAACCAGCAGAUCCUUUGAAGAAUAACACCCAUUACAUUGAAAACGUUUUUGAAAAGCCACCAACUAAAGGAAUACAGGAAAAUGACAACACAAUGAACUUGCAGACUGAAGUGAAAGCAUUGCAUGUUAAUGAAGAAAUUGUACCAGAAAACUUAAAAGGUCUUCAGAUCAAGAUGAAAGGUACUUUAGGAACCUCUUGGGGAGCCUAUUCUACAAGUGGACCUGAUUUGGGUGAAGAGAUCCAAGACUGUCCUGAUGCAAUGAAAUGA